CACCCGCGCCACCCGGAAGCCCCAAUUCAUACCAACCGUUCAUUUUGCCGGCGGCCCUGAGGAGCCCAUGAUGGCGACGCCCCCUAAACGGCGGGCGGUGGAGGCCACGGGAGAGAAAGUGCUGCGCUACGAGACCUUCAUAAGUGAUGUGCUGCAGCGGGACUUGCGAAAGGUGCUGGACCAUCGAGACAAGGUAUAUGAGCAGCUGGCCAAAUACCUUCAACUGAGAAAUGUCAUUGAGCAACUCCAGGAAGCUAAGCACUCGGAGUUAUAUAUGCAGGUGGAUUUGGGCUGUAACUUCUUCGUUGACACAGUGGUCCCAGAUACUUCACGCAUCUACGUGGCCCUGGGAUAUGGUUUUUUCCUGGAGUUGACGUUGGCAGAAGCUCUUAAGUUCAUUGAUCGUAAGAGCUCUCUCCUCACAGAGCUCAGCGACAGCCUCACCAAGGACUCCAUGAAUAUCAAAGCCCAUAUCCACAUGUUGCUAGAGGGGCUUAGAGAACUACAAGGCCUGCAGAAUUUCCCAGAGAAGCCUCACCAUUGACUUCUUCCCUCCAUUCUCCAACAUUAAAGAGCCUGAAUGCCUUUGA